UGCUCUAAACAGCUAAUCACUGCCACAAUGACAUCUUCAAGCUCUGCCCAGCAUCCAGCAGCUGAGAAUGCCCACAGAAUCACACUCGGACAAGUUAACCAGGUGCGACCCAAACUGCCGCUUCUGAAGAUUCUGCAGGCUGCAGGCGCCCAAGGUGAAACCUUCACACUGAAGGAGGUUAUGCAUUACCUAGGGCAGUAUAUAAUGGUGAGGCAGCUAUAUGACAAAAGACAGCAGCACAUUGUCUAUUGUGGAGGAGAUCAGCUAGGAGAACUACUGGGACUGGAGAGCUUCUCUGUAAAAGACCCAAGCCCAGUCUAUGACAUGUUGAAACGGAACCUGACUUCUGCUGCAAUGGCAGAUGCUGCACAGAAUCUCGCAAAGGAACAGAGCGUCGAUAAGCCAAGCCAAGACCAGCUGAAGUUUAGCCGGCAAGAAGGUUCUGACACUGGCAUCAUGGAGGGUGAAAGCAAUGCUUCUGCUUUGUCUACCUCAGAGCAAAAAUGUGAGAAUUCUGAAGACAAAGACUUAAUAGAAAACCUCUCUAAAAGCAAGAAGCCUAAACUGGACCUAGUGUUUGAGGAAUGGGAUGUAGCUGGUCUUCCAUGGUGGUUUUUAGGCAACCUCAGAAGCAAUUACAAGUCCAGAAGUAAUGGAUCAACAGAUAUUCAGACUAACCAGGAUUUUCAGCCUCUCCCUGUGUGUUCCUGUCCCAGCCUUUCACAUCAGGACAUAGACACUGCUGUUGUUUCGGAUACUACUGAUGACUUGUGGUUCCUCAACGAAUGCCCGUCGGAUCAGAGCAGUGCUGCAGUCAAGGUGGAAAUGGUUGACUGCGAGGAAGUGAAAGAAGGUGACAAAAAGGUGACCGAGGAUGCAUGCUUGCAUGACUUUGAGGAUUCUCAGUGCUUAAGUGAUGACACAGAUACAGAAGCCACUUCUGAGGAAGUACACCUGAAGACAGAAAAAGAAGAGAAGAUAGUGCUCAUACCUCGGUGCUUCUCUAGGCUGUUUCCCCUUUGUUUUCCACACUCCUUGUGCUGGUCCAGCCCUAGCAGGUCAGGCACGCAGUGGAAGGCCCCAGAACCUCCCCAGCAGAAGGUCCCAGCAAACUGCGGUGUCAAAGUUGUUGUUUCUCUGCAAAGAUACCAGCGUAGGUGCUAUAUGCAAUUGCUGCCUAUCACUGCCAAAAGUCAGAAGUAUAUUUUUUGCAUAGUAUUGUGAUUAUUUCUAUGUUGGCUAUAAUUUAGACUGUUAUUGUUAGCUGUUAUUUACAGUUGUGUUUUAAAAAUCAGAGGGUAACUGUCUGGUGUUUGGCACGCUGUCUGUAAGUCCAUGGGAAUCAAUCCACGUGGAAAAGCUGACUUCUUGCUCCCUUAACUAGAGGGCUGUUAAAUUGCUGGUGAUGCACUUUACUCAUGCUAAAAUGAGCAGCGUUACCGUUACUGCCUGGAAUCACAGAAGGGAGUUCCUGUCGGGUAGUUUCUUCCCUUUUCAGGUAGUUUCAUUCCUUUUAAGGGUCUUGGGCUCAGCAGGGUGCGGUGUGGCACUUUGUGGCGUUUCUGAAUACUGUGAAUUCUCCCUCGCUCAAUUGCUUCUAAGAACUAAAUGUUUUGCUAAAAGCAGUUUUACUGAAUUGUUCAGAUCUGGCCGCACCGAAAAGCAUGUAAUUUUUGUUGACAACAAAAAAAAGAGCAGAGUUUAAGUUCCGGUAAUGGGUUUGAAUAUUCCUACCAAAAUCCUACUGAGAUCUGUAUGCAGCUUCCAUUAUUAAAUGAAAAUUGUUGUCAGUGUGGCAGUUUGUGAUAAAAAGCAGAUCUGUAAGGUAACUUUCAGUCUAAUGAUCUCUUUGUAUCUGUGACUUCUUGCUCAGUAUAGCCAUGGUGUUUACAACAUGCAUUUGUCAAGUUUUUAAUUCUUCUUAACUGAAAUAGUUAGUGGACAUAAGAUACCACAAUAUUACAAUUUAUUUUCCUUCCUAUAGAAGAAUAAGCUAUUGCAGUGCAAGCACACUCUGUGUAGCUGUAACUGCACAGGUUGUGGCUGGGGCUUUGAGUGUGUGGGGAGUUUUGGUGCAGGAGAAGGGGAGAAGAAUGUUUUACUGCUUUAACUUAAGUCUAAGUCUACAUAGCAAUUUACCAAGAACUGCUCUUCUGACACUUUUUAGGAAGUGCAGAUUUGAGGUAUGGGUUGAAGAACUAGCUCAAAGCACUCAGCUACAGUAGUUAUGUUGCAGUGCAGAUGAGAUACUGGCCAGGCGGUGCCAUUACUUUCCUUUUCUACAGAUGCGGCAGUUAAUGUGGAGUCCUAAUUCAGAAACCCGUUUUUUGGAGGAGCGGAGCAUUUACCUGCCAUGGGUGUGAACUUGGGUUCUCUGAAUGUCAUUGGUGUCCCGUAGCAGAUGACAAUUCUUCUAUCUUACAGUGGUUUUACUAUGAAGUGCAAUAUGAGAGAAGAGGUCCUUGGUAAUCUUUAGCAGUCAUUGUUGCACACCUGAUAGGAGAGGUGUUGAGCGCAGCUGUCUUUCAAUGCCUGGACUAGAAGGGUUUAUCUGUUCACUGCUUUUUUCUUCAGCGACAUUGGUUGCUGUUCCUCAGGAACCUGCUGAAGUCUCACUAGCACAAGUGUACCUGUAGGUCAGGUUUCAUCUACUAGAUCCCUCAGCUUUUCAGCCAGAAGUUUUGGCACCAGUUAUCCCUGGAAUGAGCAGAUUUCUUACUUUGGUAGGUAUUUAAAUACAGCACGAGACCCAUGAGGCUCGCAACUGUAUAGUGCCGUUCAGCACAUUGUAGUGCUCUGCAGUGUGAAACCACACAUACUGUAUUGGCAGCCAGGGGUACACCCUUUGUAUUUACUCCUGAAAGUCUUUCCAGUUUAAGUGCCUCUUCUCAUUUACUCUCAGUAACUCUUCUUCACUGACACGCACGGCACAUCAGCCUUUUCUUCGGCUCUCUCUCCAGAAAUCUCAGCGUCCCUUCUCUGCUGAGAUGUAUUAUCGAGCCAAGUUAGCCUAAACAAAGAUGCUACGCAAAUUACAGAGAUCAUUUGGAGCAGCCCCCCAGAGUGCUUGUUUCUUCUGAAGGGCGGGUGUUUCCAUGAAGACAGCUAUGAACUUUCUACCUGUGAUACAUAUUUAUUACGGUUUCCAUCAGACUCACGCACCAUGAUGUAGCUUGCUAGUGUCUGCUCCAUCCUUCUGUGUCCAACAUAGAUUGUAUCUGCUACUGAGAAGCUGUCCUUGCAGAGAAAAAGUGGCUGUUGGACAAAUGGAAGUGGAAAUGGAGCGGAAACAGAGUGUCUCAAAACCCGUUGGGGUAGCUUGCUUUUGCCUGCUCACACGCUGCCUGUUCUGAGCCUCAUCUUCCAGUCCUGGAAGAAAAAGCAAAAUGCUCUCACUAGAGGCCUUCAGUGAAGGCUGACGAUUUUGGAAGAUGCCACGAUUAAGCGAUUGAAGAAAGAGCCAGGGCACCGCUCUCCAUUCUGUCUUUGUCCAUAAGCUGAGCAAGGAACUCCUCGAGUCCUGUGCAUGCUCUUUGGCCAUCUGGACAUCGGCAAGCAGCGUCAGGAUCCUUGAAAAGGACGUACUGCGAGGCUGUUCUAUCAAGAGCACGAAUGAGACCCACAAAUUAUAUGAGGGUGAUAAACUGUGUUUGGAACAGCUCCGGCAGCACAGAUGACCUUCGGACAGCAGCUUUGCUGCUCUGGAAAUCCUCCUUCGGUUAUCUGUCCACAAUGGCUGGAAUUUUCCUUGCUCCUUUGAAAAUGAGCGAGACCCUGCUUGUGCCUACGUGGUAGUAUCUGGCCAGCAGAACGGUCGGCUGCCACAAGCUGGGUUACGCGUCCCAUCAACUUGCUCUCUGCACCUUAUUAUGAUUAAUUAAGGCAGCUGUUGUGAUUGCAGUCCUGUUUUUCUGUGCUGUUUUACCCUGGUAAUGUGCACUUGCUGCCCACGCAUCCAUGGGGACACCCCAUGCCUGCCACGCUGAGCAGGUGCUUCAAGAAGAUACAGCCCACUGAACUCGGCAAUUGCCUCCAGAGUCUCCGACUUCUCCUAGAAGACAUAACCACAUCUGAGGAUCAGUCUGAGAAGAUACAUGAAGGUGGCAGGAACGUGUUGUACCUCUGGCAAAGAUAAAGACUUGCUGUUGUGAAAAGAGUGCUGGCUCUCCCCAGCACCUUUCCCUGCAGCCUGUUGUUCCCAGAUACAUUUUUCUUGUUUAGAAAAACUCCACAUCUCAGUAUACGCCCACACAGACACUGCGGUAACAAGCAGCAGCGCUUGCUAAACAACAUCUGUGUGUUUGCACUACUUCUUAAAAAAAGGCCUGUACCACAAAAUUGAUGUCCCGUUUGUGUCCUCCGUGUAAUGAAUUUAAUUAAAUUGAGAACAUUCUAAGAUAACGUAGGUUUAUUUUUUCAUUUGUACUGUGUUCUGGGGAAAACCUUUAAGUAAAGGCCUGUUACCAGUUAAGCAGCC